UCCGGUAUGAAGACCGUGUUGACGGAAAGGGAGAAAGGACAUUUCGCGUGCAUGAUUCGCACACGUGAACCACACGAAAGCCAACAUUGCUGUUGAAACGUGUUUUAUUUAUUUAGAAAAUGAGCGUAACAAGAGAUGAACACGAUGGGGAGGCGGAUGGUGAUCGUCUUUUCCUCGAUCGAGUUCUGAACAAGUUGUAUGAUUUUGGGGAAGGAAAAAACAAAGGAUUGAAAAAGUCUCAGAAGAGAAAGAACGCUCCUGACACUGCAGACUCGGAGCAGCUCAUGACGAACCCCACGGUCUGUGAAAACAUCCCAUCUGGAGCUAAACAGUCCAGUGUGGAGGUUGUUACGUUUAUUGAUCCUCUGAAGAAGAACAAAAUUUCAAAGGUUGUUGAACCAGGGCAGAAGGUUCCUGAUGUUAAAGGAAAGAAGAAAACAGGCACAGACGAGAAACUAGCAAUAGAAAAAGCUCGGUUUGAGGUUCACAAGUUUGGGCUGUCGGGGUAUCAGAAGCAGCAGCAGAGGGCCUUUGAGCAGGACAGGGCCAUCAUGCUGGGAGCCAGACCCCCUAAAAAGCAGUAUGUUAACUACAAGAUGUAUCAACAAAUGAUAAAAGAACAGAAGAUGAAAGCAAAAGAGGAAGCAAAAUCUGAAACACAGAAGAAAAGAAGGAAAGAAGGGAAACCAAGGACUGAGAAAAGUAAAUCAUCGUCAAGCGGAGAGCUUGGUGGACAAGUUGGACGCUUCAAAAACGGAAUGCUGGUCUUGAGCUCCAAAGACAUUCAGAAGUUAAAAGUUAAAGUGAGAAAGAGACCGUGAAUGAGCGACUGUUUCUGAAUCUUCAGACCACUUUCAAAAUGCAAGACCGUUUUAAUAUGUGUGGAAUAUAUUCCAUACUUUACCUUUGGAGCAUUUAUAAUGCCCUUACUGUUUAUAUUUUUUGGUUUCUUCACUUUGGUGUGUUUGUGCUACAGACAUUAAUUAUGGCUCAAAUUAUGCAGCUUAUUAAUGUGAAUAUUUAAAUUUGGUUUGACAGCUUUUGGGACCCAAAUCCGCUCUAUAGACUCAAAUAUUAUAGAAACCUCCCAGAACAUCUUAGCAACCGCGUGUUAAAAACACUUAAAUCUCCUCACUAGCAGGGCAUUUGGCAUACAUAAUUUCUUCAGAAAGUGUAAAAGUGUACUUUUAUUUACCAUACAUAAUGUUGUAACACUGAUUUUGGAGUUUAAUACAUCUGUGUGUCUAAAAACUUGAUAUAAUUUAAGUGGUGUGAAGAAAAAAAAUAAUAAUUAGGUGAGAUUCUACAAAUAAAGACACAUGGAUCACAGUUUUAUUGUUUAUUAAAAGGGAAAGACAGUUUUUCUUUUACACUAAGUAGUAAGAAAAGAAUGUCAUAUACAAUGCAUUUGAUGUACAAACCACAAAGACGUACAAAAAUCACAUUAGUAAGAGCAAAUGAGAGCUCAAGAUCACAUACAGAGCACCGAAAACACACAUUAGCUUCCUUCAAGGAUGAUGAUGAUGAUGAUGAUGAUACUUGUCUUGUGACAGCAGAUCAAUGGAAAGACUGAUCUGAGAAACAACUUGUCUUUCCUUUCCAAACUUUCCAUGAGAUAAUUUGAAGGCCAAACAUCUGACUUAUGUACAUCCACAUAGGUAAUAUGCUGUAUAUAGAAAAAUAAAUCCUUAAACGCUUGGUGCAGUGGCAGAUUUUAUGUUAUUGAGACUACAGACUACACUCGCAGGCUGUCAUAUUAACCAUACAACUGUUUAACAAACACUUCCAGACCACUUCAUUUUGUGUGCUUUCAAAAGAAUCAGAGAAAAAUGGAAUUGCUCGGUAUAUAUGUCCUUGUUUCUGAAAAAUAAAAAACAUUGGAAUUCA